CUUUCUUCAAUCAUUCUCUGCUCUCUUUUCACUCCUUUUUACUCCAAUUACCUUUCCCUCUCUAACUCUCUCUCUAGAAAUCAUUAUUUUAUGUGUUGUUUGUAUUAUAUGGGUGUGUGUAAUUGAGAGAGACAAUUCUCCAUUUUCACGCCUCUGGGUCGAUUUCUCUCUCUACUUUCUCUCUCUUCUGAUCAUGGUCCAAUUUGCAAUAGAUUAACUUCUGUGAUUGAGUAAUCUUUGUGUUUGAUGUUCAGAUACAUCCACAGUGGCCUCUUCUAAGCAUUCCUGAGUUUUGACUUUAUUUUCAGGUUUCCUAACUUUGGAGGCAAAGUUGAUGCAAUGCAGAAGUCUUCAGACCAUUCCUCUUCAGGUCUUUCAAAAAUUCCAUCAAUAGGUGUCUCUAAGGAAGUAAGGGGUGGAGCAUGGGGACUCUUAUCUGGAUCUAAUGCUUUUCAUUCCUCAACUGAUGCUACUCUUUUUUCAAGCUCGUUACCUCUUCUUCCCCACGAAAAAUUGAAUAUGAAUGAUACUGGGGAUGGCUGUCAAUGUGUUGAUAAGGUCUCUUCCGGCUUGAAUAAACUCCAUGCAGAUGUAGAGGGCAAUGAAUUGCUUGAAGAUAUUGCAAAUCAUGCAAUUGGAAGCCUGCUUCCUGAUGACGAGGAUGAGCUCUUGGCUGGCAUAGUGGAUGGUUUUGACAUAAGUGGGUUGCCUAAUCGCUUGGAUGACUUGGAAGAUUAUGAUCUUUUUGGCAGUAUAGGAGGUUUGGAAUUGGAGUCUGAUCCGCUGGAGAGCCUGAGUGUAGGUAUGUCAAAGGUAAGUCUAUCUGAUGGUGUGGUUGCCAGUGGGGUGGCCCAUUACAAUCUUCCAAAUGGUGUGGGAACUGUUGCUGGAGAACAUCCACUUGGAGAGCAUCCUUCCAGAACCUUAUUUGUCCGCAACAUCAAUAGCAAUGUUGAAGAUUCAGAGCUGAGGACUCUAUUUGAGCAAUAUGGUGAUAUCAGAACCCUGUACACUGCCUGUAAACAUAGGGGCUUUGUGAUGAUAUCUUACUACGAUAUUCGCGCUGCGCGAACUGCCAUGCGGGCAUUGCAAAACAAGCCUCUACGGCGGAGGAAGCUGGAUAUACACUUCUCAAUUCCGAAGGAUAAUCCAUCAGACAAGGAUAUCAAUCAAGGAACUUUGGUAGUUUUUAAUUUGGAUCCAUCAGUUUCAAAUGAUGACCUCCGGCAAAUAUUUGGGGCUUAUGGUGAGGUCAAAGAGAUCAGGGAAACGCCACACAAGAGACACCAUAAGUUUAUUGAAUAUUAUGAUGUUAGAGCCGCAGAAGCAGCACUUAGGUCCUUAAAUAGGAGUGAUAUUGCCGGGAAGCGCAUAAAGCUCGAACCUAGCCGCCCUGGAGGAGCACGUCGAAACAUAAUGUUUCAAAUGAAUCAAGAGCUUGAACUAGAUGAAUCUUGGAGUUUUCGACACCAAACAGGUUCCUCAAUAGCCAACUCUCCUCCAGGUAACUGGCCACAGUUUGGCAGCCCUAUAGAACAUAGUAAAUCGCCUGGUUUCAGGUCUAUGAGCCCAACAAUUAGCAAUAAUUUACCUGGAUUAGCUUCAAUUUUGCAUCCUCAAGUAUCAAACUCGUUGAAGGUUGCACCAAUUGGCAAGGACAGAAGGGAUAGUAAUGUGGAACAUAUAUUCACCAAUGGAAUCUCAAACCCUGGAGCUGCAUUUCAACAGUCUCACUCAUUUCCAGAGCCUAAAUUGACACACUAUUCUGGAACCAUGUCUUCUUUUGGUGCUUCCAGCUCAGAAGGAUUUGGCAUGGAAACAUUGUCUGGACCACAGUUUCUUUGGGGAAGUUCUAAUUUAUACCCAGAGCAAACUAGCUCAUCUGCUUGGCGAACACAACCUGUAGGGCAUCUGCAUCCAUUUACAUCCGGUGGGCAGAGCCAUGGUUUCCCGUACUCCGAUCGCCAUGGAUCUUUCCUUAGUUCAUCUCACCACCCUCACCAUCAUGUUGGAUCUGCUCCAUCUGGUGUUCCUGUCAAGAGGUAUUUUGGUUUUUAUCAGGAGUCUCCGGAAACAUCAUUCAUGAGUCCUGCUGCUUUUGGAAGCAUGGGUAUAAGUCAGAAUGACAGGAGUUUUAUGGUGAAUAUGGGUGCUCGUGGUGCUGUAAAUACUGGCAUUGCUGUUUCAGGGAACAUGUCAGAAAAUAGUUCUCCUGCUUUCAGCAUGAUGUCUUCUCCAAGACUUAGUCCUAUGUUCCUAGGUGGCCAAUUGCCAGGACUUGCAUUAACCAGCAUGGAGGGUUUAAUUGAACGUGGGCGAAGCCGACGUUUUGAGAGCAAUGGGAACCAGAUAGAUAGCAAGAAACAGUUUCAGCUGGAUUUGGAAAAGAUUAAAAGUGGGGAAGAUACUCGGACCACUUUAAUGAUAAAAAAUAUCCCAAAUAAGUACACCUCAAAGAUGUUGCUGGCAGCCAUCGAUGAAAACCACAGGGGUACUUAUGAUUUUCUCUACCUGCCCAUUGAUUUUAAGGUAAUAUUGUUUUGAGUAAUUUUUUUUUGGGUAUAUAAUUUUGUUACAGUGUUUGUUGUGAAGUUAAUGCUAUUUUCUCGAGUUCACAGAAACUGACAUUGAUUCUUGCAUCAAAUGCAGAACAAAUGCAAUGUGGGCUAUGCGUUUAUCAACAUGUUGUCUCCUUCACACAUUAUCCCAUUUUAUGAGGUUUUAAAUUCCACCCUUUGUUUAGAAACGAAGAGUGGAGUGCUUCAUUCUUUUAAGUUUUCUCCUUCCUGAUAUAUCUCAUUGUCAGUUUUUAAAUUGUUGGAAUCUCCGAUUUUUUGUUUCUUCUUUCUCUGAUUCCUCUUAUUCUUUCUUUUUUUUUUUUUAAAUAGAGAAUUAUCCCAAAUUACGAUUUAUUGAUACAUAUUGUUAUGAUCAAUACAUUUUCCCCAUUUUGUGCAGGCAUUUAAUGGUAAGAAGUGGGAGAAGUUCAAUAGUGAGAAAGUUGCUUCUUUGGCUUAUGCUCGAAUCCAAGGAAAGGCGGCCCUUGUUACCCACUUCCAGAAUUCGAGUUUGAUGAAUGAAGAUAAGCGCUGCCGCCCUAUUCUCUUUCACUCUGAAGCCUCAGAGGCUGGUGAUCAGAUUAUCCAGGAACAUCUUCCAUCCAAUAGUUUGAACGUCCAAGUUUGCCGAUCAGAUGUGUCAGAGCCGGGGGAUUCUCCAGGAAGCCCUACAAAAGAUGCUUUGGCUGAGAAGCCAGAGAAGAGCUAACAGUGGCGUGACAGCAAAUUAGCCACAGGCCAAAUUGGUGGUUGCUGUGGGUGCUAACUGUACGUAUAUAUGUGUGUAUAAAAUUAGGAGAUGGACCAUUGGUGCCAGGCAGAUUUUGUGUCGUGGUUUUGCGUUCUGCUAGAAAGUUUUUAAGCAGCAGCAGGAGCAUUUUGAGAGGAUCAAUGUCUUGACAGAUGUGGAGAAGGGUUAUUAGCCUCUAAGGUGAAAGCAUACUGGUGAAGAUCAUCAAUAGGUGCAUGAAACCUUCUCUUCUUGCUAUAUAAUUUGAAGUCCUUUUGAUUUGUUUGUGAAUUGAGGUUGGACAAUUCUAUAUUCGGAAAUGGUGUUUGUAACUUGUAAGUAUAUGGUUAUGAGUAAAAUGUCUUGAAGGUUGAAAUUUUUGGAUUGGUGAUUUCAUGGGGGGGGCUGUUUAAGAAUUGUAUAGUGGGAAGACAAGACUAGCUUCUUGGUAAAUCUUCUUGACAUCAAUGACAAAUGUGUAUUUUUGAGAAAUGAUAUUGUUGGGUCUUUGCAUAUGUUCCAAGUCUAUAUAU